AUGGCAAACCACUCUCUUAAGCAACCUCGUGGAGUAACCGAGGAUGUCUUAGUUAAGGUUGGUAAAUUUAUCUUCCCUACUGAUUUUAUUAUUCUAGAUAUGGAGGAAGAUGCAAACAUUCCCAUUAUUAUGGGAAGAUCAUUCUUAGCCACGGGGAGAGCACUAAUUGAUGUACAAAAGGGAGAGUUGAAGCUGCGAGUGCAAAACGAAGAGGUAACAUUUAAUGGUUUUGCAGCAACUGAUAUUCCAACUUGUUAUAGAGUGGAUAUGGUAUGUAGUGGUGGUAGUAAUUUGGAAACCACCAAGAGAAAAACCAAUGCUGAAAUUGGUAGUCGACCAGUUCAUCAUUGUUUGAAACGGUUCUUGUAA